GGAUGGACAGAAGCUGACUGACAGAACGAACCAGCGAAUCGAUCUGCGACGACGACACGGACACGGACGCGAUACUAGUCCAGAUUCUGAAGGUUUUCUUCCGGGGAUUCUCUUUUCUGAUGACUCAGACAGAUUGUUGAAUAUAUCGCGUAGUAAAUCAAUGUGUUAUCAAGAUCCCGUGAAUCUCGAUCUAGGAAGAAUUCCGCUGCAGUAGUGCCGGAGGUAUCUGUGGACUGUGAAUAAAAGAGGUGCAAAAAUACAGAGAAAAACUUCUUGGAGACUCGAAGAUAGUGGAAGUGUGCUGGAAGAAGAUAGGCCUCCAGGAAUAUAUCUCAACCGGAUACGAUAAUACGACAAACCACACGACAAUAGCAUAGAAAUUAUGCUUGCAAGACAAGUUAUCCUGAAUGGCGCUUCGAACGCCCUGAAGACGCUCUCCGCCGCAACCGCUUCGCCGAAGAGGACUCCCGCGAAAGUCGUCGCUUCUGCUGCGGUGGUUCAAUCGCGGGACUACCAUGAAGUCACAGGAGAUAUAAUCGUACCUUCGAUGGUGAUGGGUAUCGAUCAUCUGCGCGAUCCCCGGUUGAACAAGGGUCUCGCAUUCACACUUGAGGAGCGACAAAUCCUCGGUAUUCACGGUCUGCAACCGGCUCGCUUUAAAACUCAGGAAGAACAGCUCGAGCUGUGUCGCAUUUCCAUCUCCCGCUAUCAGGAAGAUCUCAACAAGUACCUGUACCUGGUUGAUCUGCAGGAUCGUAACGAGAAGCUGUUCUUCCGGCUGAUCUCCGAGGACGUUGAGAAAAUGAUGCCCAUCGUGUACACUCCCACGGUGGGGCUGGCCUGCCAGAAGUUCGGUCUAAUCUACCGCCGGCCGCGUGGUUUGUUCGUAACGAUCAACGAUCGAGGCUACAUAUACGAUGUGUUACGGAAUUGGCCCGAGCCGGAUGUGAGAGCCAUCGUGGUGACCGAUGGGGAGCGUAUUCUUGGUUUGGGCGAUUUGGGAGCUUGUGGAAUGGGUAUCCCGGUCGGUAAACUUGCGCUCUACACUGCCCUGGCUGGUAUUCCCCCGCACCAGUGUUUACCGAUUGUGAUUGACGUUGGUACAAACAACCAGAGUCUGCUGGAGGAUCCACUGUAUGUUGGAUUGAGGCAGAAGCGUGUCCAGGGUAAGGAAUACGACGAUUUCAUCGACGAGUUCAUGCAUGCAGUUGUCAAACGGUACGGCCAGAACACGCUGAUCCAGUUUGAAGACUUCGGUAACCACAAUGCUUUCCGCUACUUGGACAAAUAUCGAGACACGUACUGUACGUUUAAUGACGACAUUCAGGGAACGGCAUCGGUGGCCGUUGCGGGAUUGCUCGCAUCCAAGCGUGUCACGGGGAAGAAAAUCUCGGAAAACACGUUCCUGUUCCUGGGGGCAGGCGAGGCCGCCAUCGGUAUCGCUGACUUGGUGGUUAAAGCUAUGCAGACGGAGGGAACUAGCCUGCAGGAGGCUCGGGAUAAGAUUUGGCUGUUCGAUAUCGACGGCUUGCUGGCCAAGGGACGCCCGGAAGGGCGCUUGGGAGGUCACAAGGCGUUCUAUGCAAAGGAUCAUCGGGUGAUGAAGAAUUUCGCCGAGGUAGUGCACGAAGUUAAACCCUCGGUGAUGAUUGGCGCUUCAGCUGCAGGUGGUGCGUUUACACCGGAAAUUUUACAAGCUAUGGGCGAGAACAAUGAACGUCCGAUCAUUUUUGCCUUGUCCAAUCCAACAUCCAAGGCCGAGUGUACCGCACAGGCCGCCUAUGACAACACUGAGGGUCGCUGUAUAUUCGCCUCCGGUUCGCCUUUCCCGCCCGUGAAAUACGGAGGUAAGACAUUCUACACUGGCCAGGGCAACAAUGCGUACAUUUUCCCCGGCGUUGCGCUGGGCGUUAUCGUCACCGGAACGCACCACAUACCAGAGGAUAUGUUCCUAAUCGCCGCGCAAACUGUGGCCGAUCACGUCUGCCAGGAAGAUUUGGACAAAGGUUCGCUCUAUCCGCCACUGAGCGCCAUUCGAGACUGUUCGCUGGAGAUCGCCGUGGGAGUUACCAAAUAUGCGUACGAGAAAGGUUUGGCCUCGACAUAUCCAGAGCCGGAGGAUAAACUCACCUACAUCAAAUCCCAUCUGUACAACUUCAACUACGAAACUGCCAUGCCAGUCACCUGGAAGUGGCCUGCCGAACCGGAGGUCAAGACUCGCCCGAUCAACCCGACCAAACUGCAAGCAUGAGACAUGGAGCAAAUUUAAGGCAGUAUUUUUAACCUCCCAUCCUCCCGUCCCACUAUCUCCGAAUUGGGCAUUGAAACAUCCCUUCUAUUUAUUUUCGUCCCCUCGCCACUUCGGCAAGAGUUGAAGUUUGCGUCGUUUUUUUUUAUUAAUUUGAUUGUGAUACCAAGCGAAACAGCAAAAAAUAACUCAACAAUGUCCCACUGACAACGUUAUGCGCCAGGAUAGUUAAUUGAUUGAUGUUCCUUUAAAGUUUUAAAUCUCCAAAGAAGCAAUUCACAAACGUGUACCAGAGGUACACUGGGAAGGAAAUACAGUAAUAGUAGAACCGUUUCCAAGACGCGACGGAACAAAAGCAAGAUCAGGUCAGGUAUAGGUCAGAAAGUUUAAACUAGUGGAAAUUAAUUUAUUGUGUGUAGAUUAGGUGAAAAAUAAGCAAACUAUCCAUCAUAUGUUAGGGGAAAAAAAAGUUAAAACAGCUGCUGCAGCGAGUCGCGAAUUUAAAAUUGCACUUCGUACUAAACCUGUGGAGUAUGCGCACUCAGUUAAAUUUAAGUAAUUAAAAGUGGAAUUGCCGAAAAUGCAACAAUACAAUGAUCGUACCGUAACGAGAAGCACGUUACCGCUAGCGUUGUUUGGGUAGUUCCGUUCAAUGUUCGAACACUUGACAAGAAUGAAAUACAGACAUGUUUAUCAAAUCCA